AUGAGGUCCAUUAUGACGCCUCAUGAUGACCCGCCUAUCUACCAGCUGCCGGAAGAGUUACUGCUGCACGUCGCCUCUUAUCUUCCCGACGCAGCUGCACCCACGACCCUCAUGGACCUGAGUCUCACGUCCCGCAGAUUUCGCUCUGUCGCCCAAGAUGCCCUUUACACCACAGUAAAACUGUCCAUGUCAUGUGGGAGUCACCCCAAGGUGAGCUCCCUUCUGCAGCUGCUGCGUACUCUCUUGGACCGCGCAGACCUUGCUACAAAGAUCAGAACCCUGCGCGUUGGGACAAUUCGCAAGAAUGUCGCGAAGCUUUGCGAACAGCAGGACUUCGACCUCGCGUCUUUACGCGUGCGAAGCUUGGCAAAGCUGGAACAGAUGGGCGACACACACUUGCUGAAGUCCGGCAUUCACUAUGAGAAUCUCAAAAGCCUCGAUCUAAAAACGAUUUCCAUUGGUACCAUCCUGCGUCUCAACGGUCCUGGGUGUCUGCAGGGCGCCGAGAACCUUGAUGAUCUAGCCUUGAGUGUCUCGAUACAAUUUGCAGAUCGUCCCCUCGUUGAGAAGGCGGAAAUCCAACUCAGUGACCUUUUCGAAGCUCUCGACUGCAGCCGGCUACGAAGUCUCAAAAUGCAGCUUAUCAACGACAGCUAUCAUCUCACAGACGACCGAGAUACCCAGCUUGAUGCUAGCUAUCUCAUAGAUCAACUUGAUAGCAUGCGAGACAGUCUAGAAAGGCUUGCCAUCACGCAUGAAAUUACUGAUGACGACUCCGAUUUAGAAUGGCUGCUGGGAUUGUUGACGAACCAAAAGAGAUCAUUUAAACACUUCACCAACCUCAAGCAUCUCACCAUUCCACAGUUGUUCUUUUUCAACGAGGAGACGGAUCGUUGGCUGGAACACUGCUGCCAGCCGAGAGAUUUGCCACCAAAGCUCGAGACGUUGGAAAUCUUGUACCCUCAAUCAGACAUAGAAGACUGGGUACAGGUAGAGCGCUUCCAGCCCCCAGGAUAUCAAGACGAUCCGGCUUUAGGCUUUCAAGCCAAGCUGCCCUCGGCUUUGUGGAAGAUCACAUUGACGUGUCGCGACGAAGUUGGCUCAUCUGCAUCGUCCUUCACGAAGGACGUAGAGCCGAUCUGGGUGGUGCUGUCGUUUGAUCUCCUAAUUGAGACGUAUGUCUUCUGUCAGACCCAAGGAAACUGGUACAAUUUGAAAGACUUGCGCUACGAGCAACUAGACAUGGAGGAGGAGACCGACAGCGAUAUGUCAGCGAUGUUAUUAGCGCAUUCUGGACCUCAGGGAAAAUGGCCCGACAGCGAAGAGGAAACGACUGAUAGUGGAGACUACGACGAAGAAUCGGACGAAUAG